ACCUGCUACAUCGAGCAUCCCGGUCAGCUACAGCAGAUUUUGCCUUUCAGCUUUUAGGUUUAACUGCAGAUGAGCACCGUCAUGACUCCAGUUUUGCUUUUUGUCCUCUUUAUCUCUUUGUCGGCCAUUCCUCCAGGUGCUACUGAUAAUGGAGAAAGACAAGAGUUUCUAGACGCCUCUGAUAUCAUCGAGAGAGCGAAUGCCAACAUAACAACGCGCCUGGUCGACGGUGACAUUGUGCCAAAUUUAAGAAGGAAUGCAGAUCCCUGCACGGCUACAGGCUGCAAAUGGCCCAAAUAUGGAAGAUAUGUUUAUGUACCCAUUUACAUCUCCAACCGCUACACCACAACAGAGCGCAACACCAUCAUCCGAGCCCUGUUGACCUUCCACGCAUCCACCUGCAUUCGCUUUGUCAGCAGGGGCACCCAAAGAAAUUACCUCUACUUCUACUCUGGAUCUGGGUGUUGGUCCUACCUGGGCCGACAGCGUAGAGGACAGCUUGUCUCCCUGCAGAAAAAUGGUUGUGUGUACAAAUCCACAGUGCAGCACGAGGUUCUCCACGCUCUGGGCUUCAACCAUGAGCAAGUCCGCUCUGACAGAGACAGAUACAUCUCCAUCCUCUACCAGAACAUUAAGCCAGGAAGAGAAAGUAAUUUUAUGAAGAAGCAAACUAACAACUUGGGUACUCCCUACGACUUCGACUCCAUCAUGCACUACGGAAAAUACGCCUUCAGCAAAAACAGCCAACCAACCAUCCUCGCUAAGAGCAAUCUAUGUCUUAACUUUGGGACUGCUGGUACAAUGAGCAAGAAUGACAUCGCUCGUGUCAACAAGCUUUACCGAUGUUAAUAAACGGAAGGAGACGGUCGGCCUCCAGAUACUUCAACUCCCGGCUUGAUAUGAUUCACCCAAAGCUCCAGAUCUGUUGUUUAACAGUGGCUAGCUUUCUGCUGAGGUCCAUCAACCCAGAGGGCUCAGCUUUUCUUUAAAUCAUUUGUUAUUGGAUUUAAAUCAUUUACUCCCUUUAUUGAUUUAGAAAUAUACACUUUAUAAUAUGGUUAUGGUUUUACUUAGUGGGUUAAAGACACAUUUAAUAGUUAAUGAUACUGAUAGGGGAAAAUAAAUAAAAACUAUUCAUCAUAGAAACAAUGAUAAGAAACACAUUGAUGUAAUGGAAUUGCUGAUUGAUACUGAUGAUUUCAAUUACUCUGUUUUUAUCUUUCUCUGAAAAAAAAUAAAAGUGAUUUUACAUUUA